AUGUCGAAUCCGUACCAGCAGCAACAGGCCAUGGCUUCGGGCAGCAAUUCGCCUCUUGCCAUUCCUCCCGUCCCAAUCAAACGAGGACGUGGUCGACCUCCAAAGAACCGCGAUCCCAAUGCUCCCACUCCGGUCAAAUCCACCGUACCACCUCCACCCAAGCCCACACCGCAGCCUCGCACUUCGCACAUCACCUCACCACGUCUUCGAGCAGCUCAAAUUACAAGUGGGUAUUCCGCAACAGGCUCUCCCUUCCAGCCUCCUCCGCCCACCGGCUAUCCUUCGCAUAGUCUAGGUCCAGGCAUCCCGGAGCAGCAAAAUGUCUUCUAUCAGCCCAUGACAGGCGGUCCACACUCAUCUCCUCUCGCCGGCUCCAGCAAUGUGCCAUCCUUCCCACCGAUACCGACCUUCCAGCGCCAGCAGGAAUUGCAACAGCAGCAGAGUCAGCAGAAUAUCCGCGAGGCCCAGCAAGCAAGGGCGUCCAGUGCGCGCAGAGACAGCGCGGAGGCGUCCGCUGUGCCAACAUCGCCGGCGUCUUCGUCUGCCACCCAUCCUACCCCGGCUACAGCAUCGACGGCACAUCUCGAAGGCACCAUCAUGACCGCUGCCGGAGGCUCUAUCGGUGCCGGUCUCGGCCAGGCCGUGGGCAACGCUGGUGCAUCCUCUGCAAGCCGCACACGGCGCAAGACUGACGCCAACGAGCCGGAGCUCAAGCUGCCCGAACCUCACGACGCCGGUUGGAUGACCGAGCCUGCCGAUGCGAUUCAAGCUCAGCGUGCCUACUCCGCCAUCAUCGAUUGCAUUCGUAACUACGUCGAUGCAAGUGGGCGAAGACUCGCCGAGUCCUUCGAGACGUGUCCUGAUCCGGAGCUUGAUCCCGAGUUCUACGAAAAGGUCGAAAAGCCUACCUCGCUCUCCGCCAUCUCGCAACGCAUUCAAGAGGGCGAGUACCCGAAGGCGUCCGAUUUCGAGAUGGACAUGCUGCAGCUGUUUGAGAACGCACGCAGAUUGCAUUCCAUCGGCACCACACUCUACGGUGAUGCUGUAGUGCUGCAACGCCUCUACCACGAGAUCACCAAAGCCAAGCCAACUCGAAACGAGCCCAUCACCGCCGAGGCAGUCGUGGCAGCAGCAGCUCAAGCAGACGCAAGUCGCCACUUUUCGUCCAUCCCCUACGGCCCGCUCUAUGCCAGCGCAGGCUCCAACGGCGAUCUCACCACGCGCAUCAGCAGCAAGUCCAAGACGUACUACGAGCAUCUCAACCUCAAGGGCAAGGCGUUCCGCGUGGGCGACUGGAUUCACCUCAUCAACCCGUCCGACCCCACCAAGCCCAUCGUCGCGCAGAUUUUCAAGGUCCUUCGUCGCGAAGACGACGAUCCCGACCAGGGCUGGGUCACCGUCUGCUGGUACUACCGACCUGAGCAGACUUUCCACCCAGCGUCGAAAAAGUUCUUCAAGGACGAGGUGGUCAAAACUGGCUAUUUCGCCGAUCACCACAUCGAGGACAUUCUUGAAAAGAUCAUGGUCAUGUUCUACACCAAGUACAUCCGCGGACGGCCCAAGCCCGAAUAUUGGGAUCCACGCAGCCCGCUCUACGUCACCGAGUCGCGGUAUAACGAACAGCAGCGCGUCUUCCACAAGAUCAAGAGCUGGGCGAGCUGUGUACCCGAGGAAAUUCGCAAGGUCGAGACGCCGAUGAACUACUUUGAAAAGGCCAUCGCCCCACCGCCCAAGGAGGAGUCGCCCUUCCUUCGUGGCGUAGCUGGACCCGGUGCGUUGCGGGACGAAGAUACAGCCAACGGCGAACUGACCGAAUUCCCCGACCUGUUCAGAGAUGCUCCGGACGAAUUACGGCCGAAAAAGAAAGGGCGAGGAUCGGACGCCGUCGCUGCCGGCGAAGCCGCAAAUGAAGCAUUUACACGUCUGGCUUCGCUCGUUGCGGCAAGCAUCACUCCCGACCAGUACUUUCGCUUGCAACAGUUGCUCUCUACACCCCAAGCGGCUUCGAUCGACAUGUCGCAGCUCAGCCAUGAACUCGGAGGGGUCGAUGCCAAUCUGCUUUCGGAACUUCGCAACGCGGCUCUUGCGGCUGGUGUAGCCUCGGCGGGGCUCGACAAGGUUGUCUCCUCUGAUCUUACAAGCCAGCAAGCACAGGCGUCUGCUGCUGCUGCCCAGACACAGCCACCUACGGUGGGCAUCGUGGAUCUGGUGCGCUCGCAACGCGGUGAGGGCUUCUUUGCUGCACUUCCGCAAGAGACCCGCGACCUGUUUGCGGAUCAGCCCGGUGGGCAAGUCAACUGGUAUGCCGCUGCACCACUGGAUUUGCCGCUGCAACACGACCUACACAAGAACGGAUUCUACGCGCCUCAGCACGCGCACCUGCGCAAUCACACGCUCGACUACCUCUAUCACCAGGCUAGCACGGGCGGCGAGGGCGAUAUGACCUCGGAUCCGCAGGCGCGCAGUGGCGGUCGUUUCGGACCUUCACAGCCGCUGCAGCCUAGCGCUUCGGCGAACGGCGGCUCGACUCCACGCACCAUGGUGACGAGCUCUUCGCCGUAUGUGGCGCAAGCUGCUGGGAUGUACGAUUUCCUGGCGCCCAGCGCCCGCAACUCGCCUCUGAUGCGUGCGGGCUACGGAGGAGCGACUGGCAGCGUCGGCGUCGGUGCAGGUGGGUCCGGCAUCCCGGUGGCCAGCAGCAACGGCAGCACGGACGAAGCACUCACUCCCGUCAUGAACCAGAAUCAGGGCUGGUACGGCGGAAACGAAUGGGGUGAAGAUCCGCAGAAGACGGCCGAAGCAUUGGCCGAAUUUUCCAGCCACUAUGGCGGCGAGGGUAGUCAACUGAAUCUUUCUCACUACCUCGCGUAA